AUUGAUGAAGGCCAACCUAUGGAGUAUGUAUCCGAAUUUCGUACUGUGACUAUUGUUUUGGUCAGCUUAGAGUUCCACAAGACAGCGUGGAUGUUGCAUUUGUGUCAUCUUAUCCAGGAGGCUGCUUUAUACAUCUCCACAGCCAUUGAGAAAGGGGGUGGCCAGCUGAGCCGGAUCUUUAUGUUUGAGAAAGGCUGCAUGUUCCUCUGUAUUUUUGGCCUUCCUGGAGAUAAGAAGCCAGAUGAGUGUGCCCAUGCCCUGGAGAGCUCCUUCAGCAUCUUCAGCUUCUGCUGGGAGAAUCUUGCUGAGACCAAGCUUGUUUCCAUCAGUAUCACCAAUGGACCAGUAUUCUGUGGCGUGGUUGGGGCAGUAGCAAGACAUGAAUAUACAGUUAUUGGCCCAAAAGUGAGCCUAGUGGCCAGAAUGAUAACUGCUUACCCAGGAUUGGUAUCCUGUGAUGAGGUCACAUAUCUAAGAUCCAUGUUACCUGCUUAUAACUUCAAGAAACUCCCAGAGAAGAUGAUGAAAAACAUCUCCAACCCAGGGAAGAUGUAUGAAUACCUUGGCCAUAGAAGAUGUGUAAUGUUUGGGAAGAGACAUUUGUUCAGAAAGAGAGAUAAAAAUCAGCCUUUAUUAGACCGGGAGAAAGAACUAGAAGCCUUCCGAGUGGCACAGCAAGGGUGUUUGUACCAGAAGAAGGGGCAAGCGAUUCUCUAUGAAGGCGGAAAAGGCUAUGGAAAAAGCCAGCUGUUGGCUGAAAUAAACUUCCUGGCCCAGAAGGAAGGCCACAGUUCCCCUUAUCCUUCAAAGUUUCACGCAUGGAUGACCUGGCCAGACAAAAGAAGGUUAAAGCGUGUUUUAUUCAAGUGCUUCAGGAGCUACCUUCUCCGCAGGUGCUUUGGAAACCCCCUCUACUGUGAGGUCCUAUGCCAGGACCUUCUCUCUAAGGACAUCUUGCUCUUUCAUGACCUAAAAAAGGAGGAGGAGGAGAACAGCAAAUGGGAGACCCUCUCAGCCAGUGCCAUGAAAUCCACACUGUAUAGUAUUUCUCCUGCCAGUUCUGAAGAAGACCAGGAACUUUAUGUCUGCACAGUCAAGGAUGAUGUGAACUUGGAUACAGUGCUUCUCCCACCAUUGUUAAAAGGCAAGUCUCUUGAGGACUUCAAGUGAACCAACUACAGAUGUCAUUGCCAUUAGUAAUUUGAUGGGUAGUUGAGUAUAGGUGUCUCAUUAUUGUUCUGGCUUCGUUUUCUUCUUAGGAAAAAAAAACAAAAGAACGCUGCCUUCCAGAAGUAAGUUCUGGCAUUGCCUGAAGAGCCCUUUAAAGACUCGUAAUUCUAUUUGAGUAAUGUUUUAAUUAAAUGAGCCAGUUGUUCUCUUUGGGGCUGACUGAUGACCUGGAAAAUUUUCCAGUUUUUUAAUAAACAACUAGGUCCUCAGUUUCCAUUUGUGCUUAUUCCUGUGCUGAAGGUAACAGUAAGCAAGGAUAAUGUUGCAGCAAUUUAGGGAAAUCCACGGUGCUGGUGAAGAGACAGUGUUAUGCAUGUAGUAGGAGUUCAGUAUAAAGCAUGUACCAAAAAACAAAAAAACCCAUUGCCAUCGAGUUGAUCCCAACUCCUAGUGACCCUAUAGGACAGAGUAGAACUGCCCCACAGGGUUUCCAAGGAGCAGCUGGUGAAUUUGAACUGCCAACUUUUUGGUUAGCAGCCGUAUCUCUUAACCACUGCAUAAGAUGUGUUUGUAAUGAGUGACUGAUGGGAUAAAGAAUAAAGAAGCCUUUAAAAUUGAGUAGACAUAAUUAGAGGGGAGUGUUCUUAGAAGAGAUGAGUUUUUUGUUUUAUUUAAUGUUCUAUUCAGGUGUUUGGUGGGCGAGAUACUGUUUUAAGCCUGCUGAAGGAUAUAAUGAUGAACAAGCAUAACUUCAAGUAAAGUAUGGUCUUGUUGAGAAUAUAUGACAUGCACAUGA